GGACGCCACCAGCACACGUAUACGGCUUGCAUUCAUCCCUGGCUCGCAGCAGCCCCUCCCCUCCCGGUCCUUUCUCCUCUGGUCUAUGCUCAGAAUCCACGCACACAAAUGCUCUUCCCCUCUCUCUUCAUAAUCACCGCUUUGCUCUUGUGCACCGUGCUCGUGCAGGCUGCAGACUUGUAUAAAGUUCUCGACCUGCACAAGUCAGCAUCCGAGCAGGAUAUCAGAAAGGCGUAUAAGCGUCUCAGCCGGAAGUACCAUCCGGACAAGAACAAGGAGCCGGACGCGGAGGACAGAUUCGUGGAGGUCGCACAUGCAUACGAGGUGCUUUCGGAUUCCACAAAACGGCAAAUCUACGAUAGACAUGGAGAGGAGGGCCUAAAAGCGCACGAAGGCGGGCAGCAACAACACGCGAACCCCUUUGAUAUCUUCUCGAAUUUCUUCGGUGGAGGCCAUGCUGCACAACAACAGCAAGUCCGUCGUGGGCCCACGUCUGUUACGGAAUUUGAAGUGUCACUUGCGGACGUCUACAAGGGAGCUAGCAUAGACUUCAUGAUCAAGAAGCGCGUUCUGUGCGAUCACUGCCGUGGUACCGGCGCCGCGUCCGACGGGGACAUCCACGCGUGCCCGGGGUGCGGCGGAAGCGGUGUCAGGAUCGUGAAGCAACAGAUAUUCCCGGGCAUGUUCGCACAGUCGCAGCAGACGUGCAACCAGUGCGGCGGGCGUGGGCAGGUCAUCGCGCGCCCGUGCCCCGCGUGCGGCGGGAACAAGGUCGGCGAGCACACCGCGCACUACACGCUCGAAGUCCCGCGCGGCGCGCCUGAGGGGCACGAGGUCGUGUUCGAGGGCGAGGGCGACGAGAGUCCCGAUUGGGAACCGGGAGAUGUCGUGCUUCGGGUCAGGAGCAGGGGAGAGAGAGGUGGAUGGAGGAGGAAGGAGAGCAGUCUGUACUGGAAGGAGACGAUCGGCGUCGACGAAGCUUUGCUUGGAUUUGAGCGUAAUCUGACCCACCUAGAUGGGCACAUCGUUCCCCUCGUCCGUAAAGGCGUUACACAACCGGGCUUCGUGCAGACGAUCAAGGGCGAGGGCAUGCCGCUCUUUGAGCAAUCUACUUACGGCGACCUCUUCGUGGAGUAUGUCGUCGUACUCCCAACGCAGCUCUCCUCCGACUCUCGACGCCACCUGGCGGAAGCAUUCUAUGGCAAGGGCCAUGCAAAGGAUGAGCUAUAGAAUAGAUGCUAUAUAUGCCAUGUACACACCGCUGCAGGGUGUCUGGCGCGGGAUGGUCGCAUUGGAUAUUAUUUUAUUUGCAUUGUAUCACCUCU